AUGGAGAUCGGCGACGACAAGCGGCUCAUGGCCGAGAUUGCGGCGAGCUCGCUGGAGCAGGAGGUGGUGGCAGCUGCUGCUCGUCGGGGAGACGACGACGACGUAGCGGCCGUGACGACGACGUCGACGUCGCCGGCCGCCGCUGCUGCCAGCACCACCAGGCCGUACUACGAGUGCGUGUUCUGCAAGCGCGGGUUCACCACGGCUCAGGCGCUGGGCGGGCACAUGAACAUCCACCGUCGCCACCGUGGCCGCGCCAAGCCGCCCGGCCGCCGCGACGCGCCCACCGGCGUAACGUCGGCAGUACUGUCCCGGCCGGACGUCGAGUGCUACAACCAGAACCGCUACCUGGCGUACAGUACCCCUCCUCCUCCCCCUGUGCGGCCGGCGAAUCCUCCGACCGGCAGCAGCUUCGCCACGUACUACACGGGAGACACGGCGCCCACCGUGGCCGGAGUGGAUGCAGAUUGCCCUAGCCUGACCAGGGAGCUGAGCCUGUUUGGUGUUGCAGAUAACUCUUGUGAUCACGACCUGUGCCUGCGCCUCGGGCGCGUUGACGAUGGGUCGCCGCACACGCCGGAAGGCUCGCCGGAGUGGCUGAGCGGGGAGCUGCCGGAGCUGGACUUGGAACUCAGGCCCAUCCUCACCAGUCACCACUGGGGUAUACUAUACCUAUCUGAUAUGUACAUGUUAAGGAUACCCAUAUCCGGAUAUCCUACCCCGGUGGCGCCGGACGCAAUCAAGCAGAAGGGGCACAUUGCCGGCCGCGUGCCGGAAUCCGAGCUCAGGAGCGAUGCGCGCGUCGGGCUAGCUGAACGACCUCCUGUUCCGGAAGAUCAAGGACGUGAUAUAGAUGAUGGACCUCCUGCGAAGAAACCUGUCACUGUGCUGGAAGCUACAAAGGGAGCUUGCGGUUUUAGUGAUGCCGUGGCGAGGCUGGAAGGUUCGGGAAAAACCGUUACUGAAGUUGCUACUGAGCCGGCAGCUAUAGUAGGCGCUCCGGCUGCUAAUGGAGCUGUUGGCGGGCAGGAAUGUAAAGAGGCAACUUGUCGUGCGGAUGAAUCCGCUGCUGAGCUGGUUGCUACUGGGGUAGCUUCUUUUUUGACCGGAGCAAGCGCUGAACUAGACGUUUCAAAAACGGCUUCAUUUGCUAAUUUAACUGUUACUAAGCCAAGAGUUUCAGAGAGAGUUUCACUUGUGCAUGAAGCUGCAACUGAGACAAGAGCUAGCGUCUCUGUGCCAAAAGCUACAAAAGGAGCUUCCCCUGAUGGCGAAGAUGCUGCAAAUUCGGAAAUUACAAGGGGGCAUUCUCAAGAAUCUGCUGCCAAAAUGGAAGUUACAAAGGAAAUUUCCCUUGUUAGUGAAGCUGCUGCUGAUACAGAACUUGCAGAGAGAGUUUCUGUUGCUAGCGAACAUUUCACUGAACCAGGAGUUAAACUCUCUGUGCCAGAAAGCCCAGAAGUUACAGAGAGAGUUCCUGUUGCAAGUGGCCUACAUAUUACAGGGUUUGCUUCCCUUGAUAAAGAAGGGGCUGUGGAACCAGAAGUCACAGGAAGUGGUUGUAUUGCAAAUGAAGCUAGUGAGAUGAAAGCCAAGGAAGGAGGUUGUAUCUUUACCAGAGCUAGUGCAGAGCCAGAAGAUACUGGCAGAGCUUCUGUUUGUAGUGGAGAUGAUGACAUUGCUUUAGACGAACCACGGCCCCCUGAUUGUGUUUCGGUGGUUGCCAAUGUGAAGGUUGGAAAUAAUGCAGGAGAGGCUGUUGCCAGCAAAUUGCACCCUUCUAGAGCCAAUGCAGAAAGUGUUGAUGGUUCUACCAAUUCAACAAGCAAUGGUCAUGUUAGCUCCAAAAGUCCAACUGCAGACGAAGUGGCACCACCUGGUGGAUGUGUAGAUACACCCAGUGUUUCAUGCUUAUCAGACAUUGUGGCUAGAAGCAUCGGUAAGUCAGGGAGAACAGACAUCAUAUGUUAUGCUAGGCGCAAAGGUAAAAGGAAGCUGGAAAUGGUGGAGGUAAAGGAAGAAAAUGUUGAAAUGGAUGAUAGUGCUAUCUGUGAUCAAUAUGAUGAUAAACUGACAUCGGAACAAACUGGUCCUUGCGAGAGUGUAACAUCAACUGCUGUAUCUGUAGAGAUCAAAAUUGCUGACAUAAAGAGAGAGCUUGAAGACAGUUCAACUGCCAGCAAGGGUAAAAGGAAGAAGGGCCAACGGUUUGAAUGUGAAAUUGAUUAUUGCCGCAUGACAUUCAAGACACGAGCUGACCUUUCUGUUCACAAAAAGAACACAUGCACGGUCAAGUCAUGCGGUAGACAUUUCAGAUCCCACAAGUAUCUGAGGCGCCACCAGAGCAUUCACAAUGAUGAUAUGCCAUACAAGUGCCCAUGGGAGGGUUGCAGUAUGGCUUUCAAGUGGUCAUGGGAUCGGGGUGAGCAUUUCCAAGUCCAUACUGGCAAAAAACCUUAUAAAUGCACAACGCCUGGGUGCAGCAAGGUUUAUAAGUUUGUUUCAGACUUCACCCGACAUAGGAGGAGGUGCAAACCUGAGAGGUAAAAGCUUGUGUGAUACAGACUUAGGAUAGGAGUAAAUCUUGUACUACUGUAGAUGCUUUUAUUUAUUUGCUGGGUGAUCGUUGUUGUUCUAGUGACCUAUAGUAGAGGAUUGCUUGUUACUUUGUUGAGAAAAUCUUACAAUCAGUAGUUCAGAAAUUUUGAAUGCGUGUUCUUCAAAUAUCGUUAUACAUUCUAAAAAUGCUGGUUAAUAAUA